AAUUAUCUUUUUUUGUUUUAAGAAUUAUUUUUUUAUUAACUAGAAAAUAUUUACAAAAAAAUUUUAAGUAUAGUUUGUAAAUAAUUAUGCUGUGACGGCAAAAUAAUUUUAUAUCAAUUAUAUCAUCGCAGCAUUUAUCACGUGAUAGUUCGUGCUCUCACAUUUUGUUACUAUUAAACCACGAGGGUUUGUUAAGUUAAGAAGCAUUCUUGAUACAUUGUUACUGUAAUAAACAAUAAAUUUACAAAAAAAAAAAGAAAAAAUGGGUGAACCACAAUGUAAAAAAGUUAAAAUUGGAAAUACUCUUGAACAAUUGAAAAAUAUGACAACAAUUGUUGCUGAUACCGGUGAUUUUCAAGCAAUGGAACAAUUUAAGCCAACUGAUGCGACAACAAAUCCAUCUUUAAUUUUAUCUGCUGCUAAUCAAAGCAAAUAUUCACAUUUAAUAGACAAGGCAGUGCAAUAUGCCAAAAAAGUUGGCUCAACUUUGGAGGAACAAAUUGAAGCUGCAUUGGAUAUGACUUGCGUUUUAUUUGGUCAGGAAAUUUUGAAAAUAAUUCCUGGUCGAGUUUCAACUGAGGUUGAUGCUCGUUUGUCAUUUGAUAAAGAAGCAAGCAUUGAAAAGGCAAAAAAAUUGAUUGAACUUUAUGAAAAUGCUGGCAUACACAAGGAUAGAAUUCUCAUUAAGCUUGCAAGUACCUGGGAAGGUAUUCAAGCUGCAAAAAUUUUGGAAGAGAAAUAUGGCAUUCAUUGUAAUUUAACACUAUUAUUUUCAUUCGCACAAGCCGUUGCCUGUGCAGAAGCUGGAGUGACUCUAAUUUCUCCCUUCGUUGGUAGAAUACUUGAUUGGUAUAUUGCAAAUACAGAGAAAAAAUCAUACGAAGGAAAAAGCGAUCCAGGUGUGAUUUCAGUGACGAAAAUUUACAAUUACUACAAAAAGUUUGGCUAUAAAACAGUUGUGAUGGGUGCUUCAUUCCGAAAUGUUGGUGAAAUUAAGGAAUUGGCAGGUUGUGAUUAUUUGACAAUAAGUCCCAAACUACUUGAGGAAUUAGAAAAAAGUAAAGAUAUAAUUCACAAAACAUUGGACGCUGAAACAGCAAAAAAAUGUAAUUUGCAAAAAAUUGAAUUAAACGAAUCACAAUUUAGAUGGAUGUUAAAUGAAGAUCAAAUGGCAACGGAUAAAUUGAGUGAUGGUAUUCGUAAAUUUUCAAUUGAUGUACGUAAAUUAGAAAAAUUAUUACAAGAAAAACUUCAAGGUUAAUUCAUUAUUUAUUUAUUUUUUUUUAUUAUUCGCUGUUUACAAAUUGCGAUAACAGAAGUAAUAAUAUUUGUUUGUAAAAUGAAAAUGUAUAUUUUUUAAAAAGAAUAAUAAAUUUUCAAUAUGGGGAAAAGAAAA